AAGAAAUAAAAUGUUAGAGAUGGAAAAAAGAAUGGAAAAUAAAGAAAGAGAAGAGAAAAGGAGGAAUGUGGUAAUGAGAGGAGUGGAAGUAAGAGAGGGUAAAAGAAGGGAGGCAGUGGAGGAAGUUAUGAAAAUAAUAGGAGCGAAGGCGGAGAUAAAGGAGGUAAGGAGAAUAGGGGAGAGGAGGGAAGAAGGAAGAGAGAUGCUACUGGUGAAGCUAGAAAACGAGGAGCAAAAAUGGGAUAUUAUGGAGAAGAAGAGAAAUUUGAGAGGAAGGCCGGAAAGAAUCUCGGAGGAUUUAACAUGGAAGGAGAGGAAAAUCAAAUGGAAACUGGGAGAGAUAGCAAGAGGAGAAGAGGAAAAAGGCAGAAAGGCAUGGAUAAAAGGAGGGAGAAUAAGAAUAGAAGGGAAAUGA